CUGCAUGAUGCUAUUGAACGUUUGGUCGAGUUGCAAGAUAUGACUGCAAAGCCCGAUUCCUGCAUCAUCGAUGUCUAUAAUGAGGGGGAUCAUUCACAGCCUUGCACAUGGCCACCUUGGUUCGGAAAGCCUGUUUGCCUCCUGUUCUUGACUGAGUGCGAAAUUGCUUUCGGAAGGGUAAUUGCAGUUGAUCAUCCUGGGGACUUUCGAGGCUCUCUAAAGCUUUCUCUUUCACCCGGAUCUCUCCUUGUGAUGGAAGGAAAAUCGACUUAUUUCGCCAAGCAAGCCCUGCCAUCCGUCCGGAAGCAACGUAUACUUGUUUCCUUUACCAAGUGUCAACCGAGGAAAUCUGUGUCUGACAACCAGAGACUUAUUUUACCUUUGAUUUUGCAGUCGUCUCGACAGUGUCUUCCACCUAAUAGAUCACCCAAUCAUUUUCGACAUUCUGUUGGAUGCAAGUAUUAUGAAGUGGUUCCAACAACCGGUGUACUGUCAGUCUCCCCGACUUGGCGACAAAUUCGACCUCCGAAUGGUGUUCAAACUUUAUUUGUGCCCGGUCCAGUUGCUCCUUCAAUUCCUUUCUCGGCUCCGGUUCCUGUCCCACCCGGUUCAACUGCUUGGCCGGCUCCUCCUCCAAGGCAUUCCCCACCUCAUCUACCUGUUCCUGGCACCGGAGUUUUCCUACCUCCACCAGGAUCCAAUAAUUCAUCACCUCAACUAUUGCCAUCUACUGCAAAUGAACUCAACAUUCCCGUUGACUCAACUUCCCCAACGAAAAAAGAGUAUAGCUCUCAGAAACCCAACCUUCACACAACUUUUCCUGGGGUGAGCUCGGAUGGGAAAUCUCGAAACCAAGACGGCAGUGGAAGUUUAGAUGGAACUGGCAGCGGGUGA